AUGCUGCGCACCACCAUCCGCCAAUGCAGCUCGCGCCUGCCCGCCGGCAGCUUCGCUGCGCGGACGAGCUUUUCCACCCAGAGCGGCGCGCUCGCAUCAAAACGCAGGGCGCUUGCCAUCGCCGCCCAGCGCGUGCAGAAGAGGCACUAUGCCGUCUCCGCUGAGGACACUAGCAAGGGCGUCGAUCCCUCCGACUCCUUCCUCCAGGGCAACACUGCCAACUAUGUCGACGAGAUGUACGUGCAGUGGAAGCGUGACCCCGACAGCGUCCACGUCUCGUGGCAGGUCUACUUCAAGAACAUGGAGAGCGGCGAGAUGCCUGUCUCCCAGGCCUUCCAGCCCCCGCCUACCAUUGUCCCCUCCCCGGUUGGCGGCGUGCCUGCCUUCGCCACCCCCGGCCUCGGCAUGUCCAUGGGCCAGGGCUCCGACGUCAUGAACCACUUGAAGGUCCAGCUCCUCGUGCGCGCUUACCAGGCUCGUGGCCACCACAAGGCCAAGAUCGACCCGCUUGGCAUCCGCGGCGAGGCCGCUCAGUUCGGAUACAGCAAGCCCAAGGAGCUUGAAUUGGAGCACUACAACUUCACCGAGAAGGAUCUGGACCAGGAGUUCACCCUGGGCCCCGGUAUUCUGCCCCGCUUCAAGACCGAGGGCCGUGAGAAGAUGUCCCUCCGUGAGAUCAUUGCCACCUGCGAGAGGCUCUACUGCGGCUCGUAUGGUGUCGAGUACAUCCACAUUCCCGACAGGGAGCAGUGCGAUUGGCUGCGCCAGCGUAUCGAGGUCCCCCAGCCCUACAAGUACUCGGUCGACGAGAAGCGCAGGAUCUUGGACCGUCUGAUCUGGGGUACUAGCUUCGAGUCUUUCCUGGCCACCAAGUACCCCAACGACAAGCGUUUCGGUCUGGAGGGUGGUGAGAGUUUGAUUCCUGGUAUGAAGGCUCUGAUCGACCGCAGUGUCGACUAUGGCGUUAAGGACAUCGUGAUUGGCAUGCCUCACCGUGGUCGUCUCAACGUGCUCAGCAACGUCGUGCGUAAGCCCAACGAGUCCAUUUUCUCUGAGUUCGCCGGUACCGCCGAUCCCUCGGACGAGGGUUCCGGUGACGUAAAGUACCACUUGGGUAUGAACUUCGAGCGUCCCACUCCUUCCGGCAAGCGUGUGCAGCUCUCGCUUGUUGCCAAUCCCUCCCACUUGGAAGCCGAGGACCCCGUCGUCCUUGGCAAGACUCGUGCUAUCCUGCACUACAACAACGACGAGCACGAGGCCAAGUCUGCCAUGGGUGUUCUGCUCCACGGUGACGCUGCUUUCGCGGGCCAGGGUGUUGUGUACGAGACCAUGGGCUUCCAUGCUCUGCCCAAGUACCACACCGGCGGUACCAUUCACAUCAUCGUCAACAACCAGAUUGGUUUCACCACCGAUCCUCGCUUCUCUCGCUCUACUCCUUACUGCUCUGAUAUUGCCAAGGCCAUCGAUGCCCCCGUCUUCCACGUCAACGGUGACGAUGUUGAGGCUUUCAACUUUGUCUGCCAGCUCGCCGCCGACUACCGUGCCACCUUCAAGAAGGAUGUCGUUAUCGACAUGGUUUGCUACCGUAAGCAGGGCCACAACGAGACCGACCAGCCUUUCUUCACCCAGCCCCUGAUGUACAAGCGCAUCUCGCAGCAGAAGCCAGCUCUCGACAAGUAUGUCGACAAGCUUCUCCAGGAGGGCACCUUCACCAAGGACGACGUCAACGAGCACAAGGCUUGGGUCUGGGGUAUGCUGGAGGAGAGCUUCUCCCGCAGCAAGGACUACCAGCCCACCGCAAAGGAAUGGCUGACUUCUGCCUGGAACGGAUUCAAGUCGCCCAAGGAGCUCGCUACUGAGGUCCUGCCCCACCUGCCCACCGCUGUUGAGAAGGACGUUCUGGAGACGGUUGCCGAGAAGAUCGGCGGCGCUCCCGAGGGUUUCACCGUUCACCGUAACCUGAAGCGUAUCCUGCAGAACCGCACCAAGACCGUCACUGAGGGCAAGAACAUCGAUAUGGCUACGGCUGAGGCGCUCGCUUUCGGCACCCUUUGCCUGGAAGGCCACCAUGUCCGCGUUUCUGGUCAGGACGUCGAGCGUGGUACCUUCUCUCAGCGCCACGCCGUCCUUCACGAUCAGGAGAACGAGGACACGUACACCCCUCUGGCCAGCCUCAGCCAGGACCAGGGCACUUUCAUUAUCUCUAACUCCUCGCUGAGCGAGUACGGAGUUCUCGGUUUCGAAUACGGCUACUCUCUGUCGUCGCCCAACGCUCUGGUCAUGUGGGAGGCUCAGUUCGGUGACUUCGCCAACAACGCUCAGUGUGUGAUUGACCAGUUUAUUGCUUCUGGCGAGACCAAGUGGCUGCAGCGUAGCGGUCUGGUCAUGUCUCUUCCUCACGGUUACGACGGCCAGGGUCCUGAGCACUCUUCAGGCCGCAUGGAACGUUACCUCCAGCUCUGCAACGAGGACCCUCGCAUUUUCCCCAGCCCCGACAAGCUCGAGCGCCAGCACCAGGACUGCAACAUGCAGAUCGCCUACCUGACCAAGCCUUCCAACAUGUUCCACAUUCUCCGUCGCCAGAUGAACCGUCAGUUCCGCAAGCCGCUUGUCCUCUUCUUCUCGAAGUCCCUCCUGCGCCACCCCAUGGCUCGCUCGAAUAUUGAAGAGUUCACGGGUGAGUCGCACUUCGAGUGGCUUGUCCCCGACCCGGCCCACGAGACUGGCGAGAUCGCGCCCAAGGAGGAGAUUGAGCGUGUCAUUCUCUGCACUGGUCAGGUCUGGGCUGCGCUUGUGGCUCACCGUGAGGAGCACGGCCUGAAGAACACUGCCAUCACGCGCAUUGAGCAGCUCCACCCCUUCCCGUGGGCGCAGCUCAAGGAGAACCUCGACUCGUACCCCAACGCCAAGAACAUUGUCUGGUGCCAGGAGGAGCCCCUCAACGCGGGUGCUUGGUCGUUCACCCAGCCCCGCAUUGAGACUCUGCUCAACGAGACUGAGCACCACAACCGCAGGCACGUCAUGUACGCGGGCCGCAACCCAAGCGCCAGUGUGGCGACUGGUCUGAAGGCGGUGCACAAGAAGGAGGAGAAGGACCUGCUGGAGGAGGCUUUUUCGGUUACGCAAGAUAAGCUCAAGGGCGAGUAA